AUGUCUCUCUCACUAGUCUUCGUAUGCUUGCUGGGAUCGGUAACCUGUGCCUGUAUAGAUGAUAUACCUCUCAAUCAAUGGCCUAUGCUGAGAUCGCACAAUGCCGGCACUGGUUAUAUAUCGAGAGCUGUUCCUUUAUGGCAAGUUGCCAAGAAUCAGAAUGAAAACUUCACAGAACAGCUCAACUGCGGCGUUAGAGCGUUUGACCUUCGCCCUGCCUGCACCGAUGAUGGUAUAAUUAUGCGUCAUGGGAGUUUCAGGAUCUCAUAUAGACUCGAGGAUGCUAUGAGAGAAACCAUAACUUGGUCUAAUCGAAACCCUCAGGAGUUGGUGGUGGUCUCUAAUAGUCACUACUCUCCCAAUAACGCUGACUGUAGGAAUAAGGUCUGGGAGUUGAUGAACAAUCUCAAGCUCAUGCGAUCUGUCGGAUCUGAUGGUUCGUGCGAGCAGCUGAGAGGUAUGACUGUCGGCGAUGCUAAGCAACUGUCCAGAACGGGAGGAGGUGGUCAUGUCUUUAUUGUGGAAGGCGAGGGCAUGUGUUCUGAUGCCAACUGGGAUUCCAGUCUCACUUGCUAUCGUGCUGAUGGCAAUUGUCACCGUGGCUCACCCAGAAGUGAGCAGAUAACUCAGGAAUUGCUCACCUACAUCAGGGCGACGGCCUCUGCUGAGCCAAGGGCUGAUAGGCUAUUCACCAUCCAGGCCCACUGGCAGUAUAAUACUCAGUCUGUAUUAGAUAUGCUCGACGCUGGUUCAGAUAUCCUGAUGGAUACUCAGCUGAGUGACAUCAAUAACAUUGCUUCUGGUAUGAUCUUUGAUUUGGAAUAUAUCAAUUUCUUUCAAGUUGACAACGCCUGUCUAUACGGGCCUGUCAUGUUCUUUGCGUUGCGGUUGAAAGCCUUAGGCUUCGUGAACUGAUCGAUGAGUUUUGGGUAAACGGAUAAUUGCUCUCAUGGAUCGAUGAGCUCAGGGUCGAUCUAUCCACUUCGAAGGAAUAUUCACUCAAUAUCGUGAUGUAUUGUCGAAGAUUGCCCACGGGUACAAGGAGCCUAUAUGGAGUCUCUAAAAUGGAGACAAUACUUAUGUACAAAACGCGAUCGAUGUGCACGCAAGUACAUAUAUUUUCAAUGUAAAACUAUACAUGGAUAAUCUAAUAGUCAAUGAUGGUUUCGUAGAACUCUUACAUCUAAAUUGUUAAAUCGUCAUCAAAUGAU